CAGCGGCCGCGGGGAGCCGGGCCGGGGCCCGCCUAGGGCCAUGGGCUGCCUGCAGAGCGUCGCGUGCAAGGCGCGCGUGCGGCGCGACAACAUCGUCCUGAGCGACGUGUCCGCCACCAUCGAGCCGGGCGCCACCGCCAUCGAGGAGAGCUCGCCCGUCGUGCUGCGCUACCGCACGCCCUACUUCCGCGCCGCCGCCCGGGGCACCAUGCCGCCCAUCCCGCGCCGCCACACCUGGGUGGUGGGCUGGGUGCAGGCCUGCAACCACAUGGAGUUCUACAACACCUACAGCGACCUGGGCAUGUCCAGCUGGGAACUUCCUGACUUGCGAGAAGGGAGAGUAAAAGCCAUCAGUGACUCUGAUGGUGUGAGCUACCCCUGGUAUGGGAACACUACGGAAACGGUGACCUUGGUUGGGCCCACUAACAAGGUCUCCCGGUUCUCAGUCAGUAUGAAUGACAAUUUUUACCCCAGUGUGACGUGGGCUGUCCCUGUGAGUGACAGCAAUGUACCAUUGCUGACCAGGAUUAAGAGGGAUCAAAGCUUUACCACGUGGCUAGUAGCCAUGAACAUGACCACCAAGGAGAAGAUCAUCCUGCAGACUAUAAAGUGGAGGAUGCGCGUGGACAUUGAGGUGGAUCCCUUGCAGCUCCUGGGGCAGCGAGCACGACUAGUGGGAAGGACUCAGCAGGAGCAGCCCCGGAUUCUGAGCCGAAUGGAACCCAUCCCACCAAACGCACUAGUGAAACCCAACGCCAACGAUGCCCAGGUCCUCAUGUGGAGACCCAAACGAGGCCAGCCUUUGGUAGUGAUACCUCCCAAGUAGAUGGUGUGUGGGUGUGCGUGCUUGAGGACUUCAUUCCUGUUGGUAUGGUGCAAAUGAACUGGAUUUCUGAGCCAAAGCAGACCUCUGGUGAAUGGAAAUAGAGUUCCUCCUUAUUCAGAAAGAAUAUGGUACCUGGUAGUGGCCAAAGCUAUGUCACAGAAGAGGAAUUGCACAGCUGGUGGACUUCCAAUGACACACCUGGGAGAUUCUGUACUUCCAGGUUAUUUUGGCUGGAAGAGGCUUUCUUACCUGAAUAACUCGUAUUCCCUUGCCAUAACAUGCAAGGAAUGAGAAUAUGAUUAAACAGUGCCUGUGGCAAAUGCUGCUUCCCAACCAAUUAGAUGUAGAAAUGGAGACCAUGCACACCAGACAUUCAUGGUCUUCCAGUUCGAUCCUGCUGUCUGACCGAUGGGGUGGGGUGUUACCACGUUUUUAUACCUAUGCAGUUUUGAUUGAUAAUCAAAUGAUCACCUUGCUCAUUGGAACUAAAAGAAUGUUUACAAGGGGGGGAGGGGGAAUAACAACCCAUGCCAUCCGUUCCACUUAGCUACAGGCCAGUUCUGAGUCCACAGGGAACUGUCCAAGGUGCUGAACUGAAGGACAAUGUGAACUACCUUCCUCUUCCCAAGAAUAAUUUCUUCAAGCUGAUUGAAUUAGGACAUUUUGCAUGCAUCUCAGUGUGUUUCGAGUAGUUGUGAAUGUAGGAGCUGCCAUAGUUCUUUCCAUCCUUUGAGUGAAGUCCAAGGGAAAUCUAGAUGUAAUUUAGUUCUAAGAUACACUAAUCUUUCCUGGCCAUCCAAUUCCCUCUCCCCCAAGCCCUUCUUUUAAAGAAGCAAAAAUAAUUCUCAGUCAAAUGACAAAUUAUGAGCAAUGUCUGUUCACCCAGCAAAGGGAGAACCAGGGAGAUGUUGACUGUGUUUGCAUGAUAUCCGAAAGACUUGGACAUACUCCAGGAUUCAAACACUUCCUUCACGUACAUGAGUCCAUUGCAAGAAGCUGGAUUUCUUGCUCGUUUUCCACGUGAAUAGCUGUUCAUGUGGAAAGCCUCACCCUAACCGCCUACAGAGCAGCGCAACUAAAGAUCUGCGCACAGUGUGCUUCCAGGCCCCAGGACCUGCCUUUGGCGCUAGGAUAUGGGGACUGCCUGCGUGUCCGUUCGCUGGGGCAAAGGGAAGCAUUUGCACCAGCUUCAAGGGGAAGGGGUAGUUGUUCAUGAAAACUCCUCAGAGGUUUCCCCUCCCACAGCGACAAAACAGUAGCUUCCGUGAAGGAUGGUUAGAUGUGCACGUCUCUGAGUGGAAUGCUCCUCUAGCCAGGCACGAGCGCAUGGCUGAAUCCAUCCGGGGGAGGUGGGAGGCUGUUCUCUUUGGCAAUAAGCCUGAGCUUCACUCUCUGAUGAGGACGUUUGGGGGGAUAACAUGAUCUUUGCUUUUUAAGGGCCAUUACCACCGGGAGUUUCUUUGGCCCCUGGCUCAAUGGCAUCCCAAUUGGUUGCUGUGAAGGUGAUUGGUGAUGUCAUGACUGGAGUGGGAAGAAAUGCUUGGGUCAUAAACUCAUGGAGUUUCCUACUCGUUCUUCCUCUGGGGGUGUGAUGCGCCUCUCCUCUCCCUAUCCUUGCCCCGCAGCGCGUUCACCAUAUUAGCCUGUCUUGGAGGAUAUGCAGAAGACAAAGAGUGUCUGCAUUCCUGCUGGCCCCUGGACAGCAGUGCUGCCUCCAUGGUGGCUGCCCCAGGAACACCUUGUCAGGGAGGGGCCAUAGCUUAGAGGGGGAGCCGUGCAAGGGAUUACAGUCAUAACUUGUGCUGUUUUCCCCCAUGCACAGUGACUGGCUCUUUUAUCUGGCCCCUCCAGUGUAGGGGAGCUGGUGAGUGGAGGUGUUCCAGCAAGGAACAGAAGUAGCAGUGCUCCCACCUUCUGGGCACAGAUGCAGAGGGUAGGGAAGAAGACGCAAAGCAUUAAAAACAAAGCUGCUCGUUUCCCCAUCUCAGUCACCAGGAAGCAAAACAAGAGAAAUGCAGACAAUGUGUGGUUUAUAAACCGAAUGUGCGUUACCAUUUUAAGGCAUCGCUAACUACUCAGCCCAGUGUGACUAAGAGGUGAUCUAUAGCAUCUUUACCCAGCUACUAAUUUAAAGGAUAUCUCUGCAGGAUGUCCAGAGACUCCCUUAGUAUUGACUCCAAUCCAGAGAAACUCUAUCGAGUCCUAGAUAUUGUGAAAUGAUACUGAUUUCAUUCUUCUUGGAAACGGCUGUAUCUGCCCUUCCAGCAUGAGCCCAGUGACUUCUUGAAACCUUGGAUUAUUGCUCUGAAAAGCAGUUUAUCUCUCUAUUACCAAGAGAUUAAGUUUCUGUUGUUAUGUGAAUUUAGGCUUCUGAGCAAAGAAACCACUCAUAAUAACUCCAUGGUUCAAAGAUCCCCAUUAUGCCUGCCUUCAUUCAGAGCAUAUCCUACUGGGCACCAUUCGUGUGCUGUGGGUGUUAGUGUACAUUGGUGGUAGGUUCUCCUGACAGUUUUGCAGAAAACUCUUGUUACAGUAUUAGCUCUGCUUUUCUGAGCUUGAUUUUUAAGCCGAUUUCAGUAGUGAUUUCACUGCUUUGAAAUCCAGGGCUCCACUCUCCUUUUGAUGGAGUUGAUGUUCUGUCACAUUUUCCCCACUUUGCUUAUGAGCCUCAUGCUUUUUGCAUAGCAGGGAUCAUACAGGAUCUCCAUAGGAGCACUUGGGUGUCUGGUAUGUUCAGGGUUUCUGUGGUGUCUGUGCAGGCUAAGCCCCAUUCGAGAUCACUGGGAACCGUACCUGCCCAGUGACGCCAGGGUCUUUUGAGCAAACCUCUCUGGAAUUUGAUUCUUAUGACCAGGGUACAGAGUAGCUACUGAGGACCCACAGAGGAGAUGAAGCGAGUGCGAGCUGAAAUCUGUUCAGGAGGCUUCUUCUUCACCCCAGGAAAGGUCUCUUUGUGCUAUGUCCCCCUGCCCUGGGCUCCUUGGCCAUCAGCAGACCUGCUCUGGAUGGAGUCAGUGGAGAGAGCGCUGCAAUGUCAUGCAUCCAUUAAUACCAUCCCAGUCAGCCUUUAUUCACAUGGAGUCACGAGCUUGCUUCAGCUGCCCUGCAUCCCUGUGGCUCUGGUGUACUUCCUACAGCCUAUCCCCAUCUCUGGGUGGUGCACCAGCAGCCUUUCUCUUCCCAUCCCUUAGUAGCACCUGCAGAUGCACAGGACUGCUAGGCUUCCACAGGGUGAGUUUGAGAACUCCAUGCUCUCACCAGUUUGUGGGCCCCCGGAGGCCAUGCCUGUGCUUGUCUGCUCAGGGCAGAUCCUUCAAAACUUCUGAACAUGGAUGUGCUGAAUUUUCCCCAGACCUUCAGCCCUCCGGUGCGGCUUCCGGACAGCUGGGGUGCAUGACACUGUGCCCUUAAAACUGGCAUGGAGAAGUAGGUUGUUUUCCAAGCUCGACCCCACACCUCUUAUAUGCAGCCAGUAGACUCGGGUCUUACCCCUCACACCACUCUAGACCAAAAAUCCCAUGUUCUUGUCUCUCCCUUUAUUAUUCUCAGUAAUAUUUGGUGUUAGUUAUUGAUUUCUUAUCUUUUUGGACACCAGGAAUGUUGAAAUUCAAACUUAGACCAACAUUUUCAGCUGUGGUGGCCUAGUUUACAGCAUCUGAAAUCAGCCUACUUUUUUAGGUGCCUAAAUAUGGAGGUAGCUGGCUGAAAUUUUUCAUACAAAAGUUUUUCAGGGAAAAAUUGCCAAUUUUUCCAUGUAAAGUUUCAUCAAAAAAAGCCAUGAUCAAAAUUUUCCAUUUUUUGACAUUUUCUGUCUUAUUUACAUUUUAAUUGGAAAUGUUAUCAAAAUAUUUUUUAAAUCAUUGUUGACAUUUAAAAUGUAGUUUUUGGAACAUGGAAAAUUUUCAAACCAAUUUUGGUUAAAAACAAACAAAAAAACCCAAAACUCAAAUGUUGAGAAAAAUGGAAAUGGGAUGUGUUUCUAACUCUGUGAAGUGGAAACAAUGCCAGCAUUUUUCACAAAAUAACGCUCCCAUUUCUCAGCCAGUUCUAGUUUCUAAGUUUGGAAAAUUUUGGCCUGAGGUUGUAAGAUUUGGGGCCAGAGUCUCAGCUGUUGUAAAGGUAUUUGUCAUUGGAGCUACUUCUGCUUGGUCCCGCUCCUGAAUCCCUUCUCAUUCCAAACUCUCUCAAUUGUACAGAUUUUGCUCUGUCCCUCAUUUUGGGCUUCCUGCCCAAUCAUUUUAAAGUUCAUGUUCUGCAUUUUGGUCUGGAAGAUUGAGACUGGAACCGCAAUUUGGGCAACCGCUGCUCCCCAUUUUAAGGAGAAACCCACAAUACCAGCCAGCUUCUCAGAAUUGCUAAAAGGCCUGAGGAAUGCAAUCAUUAAUGAAAUCAGUGUUGUUGGAGUGGAUUUAAAAUGCAAGCCUUUCGAGGAAUUCUGGGAGAACAGUAGUUGCACAGCUGGAAUCUGACAGCUGUGAGAUUUGGAAUCUGUUGUUCCCAAGCUAACAUCCCUAACACAAAAGCUGGGAGGUGAAGUUGGUUACAGCCGUCACUUGUGGAGAUGACUUUGCCCAGCAUAUGUGAGAACAGAAAUAGAGGGAGAGGGGCCAGUGAGGCAUUUUGAUCUUGCUGCGGUUGCACGGGCUUAUUGAAAUGGAACAAAACCAAUGCCAGACUCUGUGCUCAGUGCACAGAGAUGUGAAUACACCUGCACCUCUGAACUAAAAAGAUCGUUAAUCAAAGUCAUGGGAGCAGCUGAAAUACCACAUUCGUCAAGAGCUUUCUUGGAUAGGAAAGGAAGGGGUUUGAGGAGGGGGUUGGACUAGAUGACCUUCUGAGGUCCCUUCCAACCCUGAUAUUCUAUGAAUCUAUGAUUGAAAGGAAGGAAGUUAGUUAGCUUAGAGAGAUGCUGUUAAUUUCACUGCAGGAGCAUUAGUGCCCAUAGGUUCUUCAGGUUCUGUAGGCCCCACUGAGCCUGUGCCUUGGUGGCAAAUCUCCUGUUAAAAGGCAAGUUUUCACGAGAGCUGAGCACCCUCACAGGUCCUCUUAUGCUCAGUUGCAUUUGCAUGUGGGGGACUUUCCACUGUUCCUAACAGGAGCUGCUGGAUGAUCUGGAGCAUUGGCUCCCAAACGUUUUAGUAUGGUGGUUCCCUGACAGAUAUGUUAAGGCUUGAUGGCGCCCUGCCAGCAAAGACCGUUUCUUUUCCCAACUCAGGACAUCAGAGUUAGGAUGGUUUUGUGACUUUCUUCAAUUCUAUACAGUUUAUUAAUGAUAUAAUCAGAUGUAAUCUGAGGGUUUAAAACCAUAACUAGAAAAUACAGCUUUUGGGGUGUGUUGGGACACAGUCUGGGCUUGUUGUGAGAAGAGCAGGCCUGUUUCGAAUGGCAGAGCUGCACACUGUUUGGUUGAAUCUCUGAUAGCACCGGACGUAAGUUGUUUUUGAAGUUUGGGUUUCACAGGAGCCAUUGCUGGAAACCCUGGCUCUGAGAUCCCUGGAAGUGAAUGGAAGUAGCACUUUCAGAGUUUCAGCACUGAGUUCUUCAUACUCUCCUUUAACAGAGAUUCAGGAUUCCUGGCUUGUUAGAUUUGAAAACUUGUUCUUCGGUGUGUGAUCAGUUGACAGUUUUAAGAUACACCUAUCUCUCUAUCAACCCUCUUCCCCUCUCUGCUGCUACCAGCACUGGAGGCCUCCCUCUGCACCAGCAGGGCCUCUCAGCUGAGAGACUUCCAGCUGCCUGCUUCCCCAGCAAGGAGUCUCAGCUGAAGGCCCGUUGGCAGAGUGGAGGCCACAGAGAGGCCACCAGCAGCAGCAUAAGACACAGACCCAUUAAUAGAACACUGGUGAUUUUUAAGCCUAGUUUAAUAGUCUUUUAAUUAGAAAAAAACUGGCUUAGCAAUUACAUUUUUGCCCAGACAUUCGUGGCUCCACCGUGAACCCUUUGUAGCUCCUCAAAGGAUCCCCAACUCACAACUUGGGAAGCACUGGUCUGGAAAACAUGGGCCCAGUGUGGGUGCUUGGCCCAUGUGUUAGGAGCACUUGUGUCUGAAUGGCUGAGUUUGAGGUUGGCAUCUGGUUUAUAUUGCCCAACCCUAGUUCUCCAUUUACUCUGCUCCUGCUAAUCCCUGGGCUUGUUUAGGGUUGCCUGGUGGAGCAGAUCUGGGUGCUGUCAGAUAGCUUAGGAAAAGCCCUGUGGGGAAUAUGGCUAGUGAUUGGUGCUUGGUUCUUAGCUCUUUUCAGGAAGGGGCCUUGUGAAGAAAAAAGUUCCUGAGCAUUCUCUGUUUGGGAGAGGCAGCCUCUCCUAGCUGGGCUCCCCAUUAGCCAUCGAGCCAUGCCCACCGCUCCUCUUCUGAGUCAGCCGCUAUCGUUGAGAACGAUCAUGGCCAGAUACAGUCUACAGCUGGAAUCUCUGCUGCUCCUAGGGUUUGAAGACACUUCAGCACUUGCCAUACUGAAAACACAGAGGGAUAAGCCCUGUCCCCAUUGAACUCCAUGGGAGUUUUGGCAAUUGACUUUGAUGGAGCCAGGAUUUCACCCUAAAACUUUAAUGGUCGCAGGUCCCCCACUAAGCCUGGUCCCACAAGAGUGGUGUAAGGGAGCAGAAGUCUUGCCCUGGUAUGGGGAAGAGAAUGCUGAUUGAUUCUAUUAACUUAUUUAUUCAGCUACUUAUUUUUUAGAGUGGGUUUUCCCUGAGCUUCUAGUAUACAUGUCAAUUAAGGACAGCAAGCUCCCGUUGAAAUGAGCACAACUGCACAGGGUCUCGACUGUAGAAUCUAGGAGAGAGACUGAAGCAUGGUCUACACUGCGGAGUUAGGUUGAAGUGAGGCAGCUUAUGUCAACCUAAUUAUGUCAGUGUCAACACUACACCCUUGCUCCCAGCGAUGUAAGUGCUCUACCACACUGACAUAGUACCUCCACCUCUACGAGAGGUGCAGGACUUAUGUCGGUGUAGUUCGGGUGACACAGUGUCCGUGUAGACAUUGUGUUACUUAAGUCCGCUGUUGGCUGUCAUUCUUGUCAAUUUCACAGCUCCUGGGCUCACAGCUGGAGCCCCCUGCCCUGCACUCUGGAGUGACUGCAGCAGCUGUGGGCCCCUUGCUGGACUCAAUUUCACAACUUGGAGCCUACCAGCCUUUCUUGUCAAUUUCACAGCUUCAGCUGUGAGCCCUGCUGCUGCUCUGAGCCUGAGGCAGCCAUGAAAUUGACAAGAAAGGCUCCCUGCUGUGAACCGGGUGCCAGGCUCACAGCUUAGGCUGUCACCUCAGGGUGGGUGGGGGGCUCCAGCUGUGAGCCCAGCUGCUGCCUGGGCUCUCCGCUCCCUGUUCUCCAGCUGGGCUUCCAGGUCCCCAGUGUGGAGCUCCAUGCAGAGCUGAGAGCCUGGGCUCUCAGCCCACCAGACUGCCCCUCUUAAGUAGGUGCAUGCACUCCUGAUGAGGGCGCGCACCACCGACUGGAGGGUAGCAUGGACAUGAAAAACCGCAGUAAUUACCAUUGUGGCUGUAAGUUGACCUAAGCUAGGUUGAGUUAACUGUGUAGUGUAGACAAACCCUGAUUCCCAAUGCUGUGUGUCUAGCUUUAAAGUCCCACGAGACAUCACCCCAUUCAGUAGGAAAAGUAUCAGUACCUUGACUGAGCAGGGCAAAAGGCCGCCUUUUCCAUUUCCUUCUCUGCAAGCAAGGGAGGAAUCUGGAGGACUUUCCACUCCCAUUGUAGCACAUUGGGGGAACUGGAAACAGAUGUUGGUGUUCAUAGACCUGCGUGAAUGCUGCAGUGUCCACUCUGCAAGGAGUUACAGCUGCAAACUGUGGUGCUCUCACUUUGCCACUUUAUGUAUAAUUCCCUUCCCCAUCCUAAAGACCUGAUGCUUUCCCAUUUUUGAUUAAUGGAUUUUAUUGUUUAAUUACAUUUGAUUGAUUGGCCCUGUCAGACAUUCCCAGGGUAUAUUUACAUAGUGAAGCAUAAUUACUUAACCUCUGAUUUGCUGGGUUGUGGGGAUCCAUGUAGCUCCAUUGACAUCAGUGGCAUUGGCUAACUUAUACCAACUGGGGAUCUGCCCCAUGGCGAUUCUCAUUCCCCAGGCUCCGCCCCCUCGCCCCC